UGUUUUCUUUUAUAGGGAGGCUUUUGUCUACUUCAGAAGAACAAAGCGAAGUUUUUUUCUCCACUUCUUUCAAAUUCAAUCUUCGCACGCGGAAAUUGAAAGAGCAAAAGGAAAAAAAAAACCCACCUUUCUAUCACCGCUUCUUUCAAUUCUCUCGCAAAAAGAACCGAAAAGAUUGAAACUUUAGUGUUUUCAGUGAAAAAAAACAGACAGCCUUCUUGUUUGUUUUUAUAGUUUUGAUGGAUCUUUAGAUCUAACCCACAUGUAUUGUUUUGUUUACAUUAGAUCUCCAUCCUUUUCAUCUUGUUUAAUUCAGUAGGUGACCAGAAACUGUAUUGAGAGAGCUAUUUUUUACUGAGGGCGACUGGUGAGAUUUAUUGGAGGUAGUGUUAUUGCAUCCAAUUUGGAUGUGGAGGAAUUGGAGGUUGGCCCUGGUGAGAUGAGGGAUGUUAUCAAGGUUGAUAAACUUUUUGAGGGCCUGCUGGCUGCCAUCCUCGGACCGUUACGUCCACACAGGUUCGGAAGCAGCUGGCCGGCAAGAUGGGCUACUUUGGUACAAAGACACCGGACAGCAUAUGAAUGGUGAAUUCUCUAUGGCUGUUGUGCAGGCCAAUAAUUUACUUGAGGAUCAAAGUCAGAUUGAGUCAGGUCCGUUGAGCACUCUUGAUUCUGGUCCUUAUGGCACGUUUGUGGGAAUAUAUGAUGGUCAUGGUGGGCCGGAGACAUCACGUUAUGUCAAUGAUCAUCUCUUCCAGCAUCUAAAGAGAUUCACCUCUGAGCAACAAUCCAUGUCUGUGGAUGUGAUUAGGAAAGCAUACCAAGCAACUGAAGAGGGAUUUCUUUCUCUUGUCACCAAGCAGUGGCCUAUGAAACCUCAAAUUGCAGCUGUUGGAUCUUGCUGCCUGGUGGCCGUGAUUUGUGGCGGUAUCCUCUACAUUGCCAACCUUGGUGAUUCCCGAGCUGUCCUUGGGAGGCUUGUCAAGGCAACCGGAGAGGUUCUUGCCAUCCAGCUGUCAUCAGAGCAUAAUGUGGCAAUAGAAUCUGUCAGACAGGAGAUGCAUUCUUUGCAUCCUGAUGAUUCACAAAUUGUGGUUUUGAAGCAUAACGUAUGGCGUGUGAAGGGCUUGAUACAGAUUUCUAGAUCUAUUGGCGAUGUAUAUCUAAAGAAGGCUGAAUUCAACAGAGCGCCGCUGUUUGCAAAGUUCCGUCUUCGGGAACCUUAUAAGAGGCCUAUUUUAAGCUCUGAACCUUCAAUUUCUGUGCAUGAACUUCAACCUCAUGAUCAGUUUCUGAUAUUUGCUUCUGAUGGGCUGUGGGAGCACCUUAGCAAUCAAGAAGCAGUUGAUAUAGUUCAAAAUCAUCCCCGCAAUGGAAUUGCUCGAAGGCUCAUAAAAGCUGCAUUGCAAGAAGCUGCUAAGAAAAGAGAAAUGAGAUACUCGGACUUGAAGAAAAUUGACCGUGGUGUCCGUCGGCAUUUCCAUGAUGACAUCACAGUAGCAGUUGUAUUUCUUGAUGCAAAUCUUGUGAGCAGAGCUAGCACAGUCAAAGGGCCUUCUGUCUCUGUCAGGGGAGGUGGGAUUCACCUACCUGCAAAAACCCUAGUCCCCUGUGCCACUCCAAUGGAGAUUAAUAGCACUUAAAGAAAGCUGGCACAUAAUACUGUUAUACCAUGGGCUGAACCUUCUCGGAACUUCCAUGAUGGCAUCUGCGCGAUUUUCAAGAGAUGGAGUGAAGAGGAGGUGAUAUCCUUAAAUUAAUUUUUUAAUGUACAAUGUAACAUCGUAACUGGGGACAUGUAUUUUGUUUAGUUUCUGAGCACACGAGCUGAAAGAAGAGGAAAGAAUUGGGGAAAUCGAGGUGCAAAGUUGACAUGGAAGGUUCCUUCUUGAGGACAAACUUCUUGAUGCAUUCAAUGUACCCUCUUUCCCGCUCUUCAUCUUGGAGUCUUUGUUGUUUCUGUAAAUUAUGUGAAACAGAUGCCCCAAAGCAUAUGUACCUGCGUUUUGCAUGUUCUGCUUCCA